GCCGCUAAUGCAAGGGUGGGUCAGUUUUGUGCAGGACUGCGAAUAUGCUCCCAGACCACAUCUCUACCUACAACUGACGAAGCAUUCAAUCUCUUGCCUGCUGAUUCACGCACACUUCUCGACGGUAUCAGACAAUCGAAUCGAACUCCCCACGGCCCAUCUGCGAAGCCGGUGUGUCGAAUCGCCGCAACGAGAGACGCGGGACGAGCGCAGACAACGCGCUCCUUUCGCUAGGCACGCGCCAGGGCGCGCGCAACCUUCAGCAUGGAUGACUACGAUAUGAUGGACGGGGCAGGCGACCAGCCUCAGGUCAAGAUCUCUGGCGCCGACUCCACGCGCGUCGAGUUCCAGCUCUCCAAGACAAAUCUUUCGUUUGCCAACUCGAUCCGUCGCAUCAUCCAAGCCGAAGUGCCCACAAUCGCCAUCGACCUUGUCGAGGUCGAGGUCAACUCCUCCGUCCUCGCCGACGAGUUCAUCGCCCACCGUCUGGGACUCAUCCCGCUCGACUCCUCCACUGCGAAUGAGCUCAACUUCACCCGCGACUGUGACUGCGAGCAGUACUGCGAACAAUGCAGCGUGACGCUCACACUCAACGCCAAGUGCCAGAGCGACGAGAUUAUGAAGGUGUACGCCAGCGAUCUCGUUGUCGACGGGCGGCAUUCGAGCAACGUGGGGAAGCCGGUCAUUACAGAUCCUGAUGGCUUAGGGUGUCUGAUUGCCAAGCUUCGACGGGAUCAGGAGCUGCGCUUGACAUGUAUUGCAAAGAAGGGUAUCGCAAAGGAGCACUCCAAAUGGAUGCCGACGUCGGCGGUCGGUUUCGAGUAUGACCCGCACAACAAGCUAGCGCACACCGAUCUCUGGUUCGAGAACGACACGGACCCGGCGGUGGAGUGGCCCAAGAGCAAAUACGCCGACUGGGAAGACCCCCCACAAGAGGGCGAGCCAUUCGACUAUGAUGCGACGCCAAACAAGUUCUACUUCGAGGUGGAAACAGCAGGCGGCAUGCAGCCCAACCAAAUUGUCAUGUCCGGCAUCGACGCGCUCAUUUGGAAGCUUGGUGGCCUGUUGGUGGGUCUCGGCGUAAGGGAACCAGAGAAGGAGGCAGGCGCUGGCGGCUACGAUGGCCCUCGCAGUCCCGACAUGAACAUGGACGGCGGGACGACGCCCUGGGGCCAGGAUGGGUACCAAUCGGCCUACGGAGGCGGCGGCCAGACUGCGUACGGCGGUGGUGGUAUGACAUCGUACGGUGGCGGCUAUCAGACAGCAUACGGUGGCAGGACUGACUAUCAGGGCUCGAGCUGGCAAUGAGCGCGGCGAUAUAGCGACAUCUAGAAGAGCAAGAGGAAUCGGCAUCAUCAAUUUCAUCUCAGGGGUGUCCAUGCACGGGGAAAAGCAUAGCACAUUUGGUAAUCUAGGGGCGUUGAGAAGAAUGCGCAAGC